GCUAGCUUGCCAAUAUCGACACGCUUUAUUUUUAGGCUACCGCAGGUACUGGUAAUAAUAUUAGGCUAAGCUAGCCUGUCUACGUGUACGUACGAGUUCAAGUACAAUUAAUCUACAUAUAGAUUUCUGUCAUUGAAUUGGUCCCGCCUAGCCUGUUACAACGUUACUGCUUGAAUCCAUGAUACAUUUUUGGAACGUUAGAAUAAGAUAUCCAGAGUUUUUUCUAAGUAAAAGAAAUAAGUUUGAGCUAGCAGAGAAAGUGAAACUAGGACGAAGAUGAAGAUCAACGCCAAAGUUCGUGGAGAAUGGAUCCUGAUUCCCUGCAAGCAAAACCAGAGCACGAUCGCAUGGCUGGGCAAAGAAAGUCUCUCACGAUACCGUGUUAUGAAGAAAUACGACGAGGAAGAUGAAGUCUACGAAAUCAGGAAAACUCCAGGGGGUAGCCUCCUCUAUCCAGAUGACCUGCUUGUUGAUAUCUUAGAUGAGAACGAUUUUGUUCAUGUCGUGAUGAAGUCGGACAUGACCAACAAGACAUGCUCGACCACAAUCAACGGGAAAGGUUUUAGCAUGGAUUUUUCACCAGGCUCUCCACAAAUAUCAAGCACAUGUGGUGCAGACGUUCGUGAGAUUCUCUAUUUGGAUGGCAGCAGUAUGUCCCCUGAUGACCUUGUUAGACUGGGAAAAGGUCAAUACAAGAUCAAGGUCACAUCAGAUGCUUGGGAGAAAGUAGCAAAGGCUAGAGAACUUGUGGACAACAUUCUCAAAGAAAACAAAGUUGUGUAUGGCAUCAAUACUGGCUUUGGGAAGUUUGCUCGAGUUGUCAUUGCACCAGAUAAACUAAAGGAGCUGCAGGAGAAUCUGAUCCGCUCCCAUUGCGUGGGUCUUGGCCGCCCCCUGUCCCCGGAACACACCCGUAAGCUGCUAGCCCUAAGGAUUAACAUCCUAACAAAGGGAUUCAGCGGCAUCUCAGUUCAAAACCUGGAGAAGCUCAUUGCUGCAUUCAAUGCUUCCUGUCUGCCAGUGGUGCCAUGCAAGGGAACAGUAGGAGCAAGCGGGGACCUGGCUCCGUUGUCCCACCUUGCUCUAGGCUUGAUGGGAGAGGGCAAGAUGUGGAGCCCCAAGAGUGGAUACGCUGAUGCCAAAGAUAUUCUGAAAGCACAUGGGUUGACUCCAAUCGAACUUGGACCUAAAGAGGGCCUGGCUCUCAUAAAUGGCACUCAACUAAUUACAUCGCUUGGAGCAGAAGCUGUCGAACGAGCAUACUCUAUUGCUCGCCAGGCCGAUGUGGUAGCAGCACUAACUCUAGAGGUCUUGAAAGGAACCACCACAGCCUUUGAGAGUUGCAUCCACCGUAACAGACCUCACAAGGGCCAGAGGCUGGUUGCCAAGCGGUUCCAGUCCUUGCUUCAUUCUGAGGUGCAUCCAUCAGAGAUCUCCAUCAGUCAUCGGUUCUGUGACCGGGUCCAGGAUGCUUACACCCUUCGAUGCUGCCCUCAGGUGCAUGGAGUGGUGUGGGAUACGAUUGAAUUUGUCAAUGGCAUCUUGACUACGGAGAUGAACAGUGCUACUGACAACCCUAUGGUGUUUUCAGACCAGCAUGAGAUCCUAUCUGCAGGAAACUUCCAUGGAGAAUAUCCAGCUAAGGUGCUGGACUACCUUGCUAUUGGGAUCCAUGAGCUGGCCAGUAUCAGUGAACGUCGCAUUGAGCGACUCGUCAACCCGCAUCUGAGUGAGCUGCCAGCUUUCUUGACCAAAGAAGCCGGUCUGAAUUCAGGCUUCAUGAUUGCACACUGCACAGCUGCAGCCUUGGUAUCCGAGAACAAGGUGUUGACUCACCCCAGCUCUGUAGAUUCUCUGUCGACCAGCGCUGCCCAAGAGGACCAUGUCUCUAUGGGAGGCUUUGCUGCCAGAAAGUGUCUCGAGGUGGUGGAGCAUGUCGAACAAGUGCUUGCCAUAGAGCUGAUGUGUGCCUGUCAAGGUAUAGAAUUCCUGCGUCCUCUGACCAGCACCAAGCCUCUGGAGGCUGUCCACAAGCUCGUUAGGAGCGUUGUCCCAGCUCUAGAGCGUGAUCGUCAUCUCAGCCCUGACAUGGAAGCCAUCACCAAGCUACUUCAAGAGAAUAAGGUUUGGGAGGUGGUCAAGCCAUACAUGGACAUCUACGAGUCGGAACAGCUGAAGGAGACUAAAGUCCACUCCCCAACGUCCAGCGUCCUGGGAACGACCACUCGCUCCAACAAACGCAAGCGGACCAAGAGUAUGAACAAGGCAGAAAAGGUCUGAAAGAGUUAGGAAAAUAUCAUGCCGUGGGUGAAAUAGCAUUUUUAAUAUACUUUCAUAUUCAAAAUUCAUGUGAGGGAGUACAGCGUGCUACCAAAGAAAUUUAUGUCGAUUUUUUUCUCCUAUUGUCAAAUUGCGAUACUAAAAUGUGAAAGAAUAGAAUUUAUUUUAGUGAGAUGUGAACACAUAAAAUGAAAUAAUUGUCAUUUGUGCACUUGAGAAUAUCAUUCAACCUAAUCAUGUGAUUAAUGACCUACCAUGUGUUCUUUAUUUUGAAACAUUUGAAAAUGAACAUUGUUGUGACAAUUCUUUUCUUCACCAUGUUAAUAAAAAAAAGGCUGAAAAACAAGGGUAUUAAAAGCUGAAAUAUGUUGGCAAGUCUGUAUUCACGUAUGGCACAUUAAUGUUAUUAGAUUGUUGUUCUUUUAUGGCUGAAUUUAUUCAUGUUAAUAUACAUGUAUAUAUUUACUAUUUACACCUUCAUUUAACAAAAAAGCCUAAUUAAUCCACUAUACAGCAAUAUUUGAUUGCUUCUCCAUUUUGCUGUUCAUAAAAAAUAUAUUUCUUCUUUUAUGUUGUACAUGUUUUACCUUAAAUUUUAAUCUGUCAUGUGACUUGUCACUCCUUUUUAUUUGAAUGCAAGAACAAUGAUUACACACAUUCAUUUGAAAACGUGCUAAAUUAAUCCAAUAUUAAUACAUAUACUCCAAUAUUAAUACAGAUAUCGAGUGCUCCUGAAUUCAAUAUAACAGAAUGUAUGCACUGACAAAUUCAAAAUUUCCCAGGUGACGAUAUAUUUCACUGAGGUCGACAUCUGUAAAUCUGUAAUUGCUGGAGGGAAAAUGUGUAUUUGGUGGUAAAUACGUGUUAUAUUAAUUGUUUAUAACAAACAUUCAGUUUUUGUUAUAUGAAAUAAAGGGCAUUUGCGAUUUCAUACCUCGUUUUUUCAUGAGUUGUGACUACCUCUUGAUUAGUUUCAUGUAGCCUUACACACUGAAUGCACAUGAUUGAGCACAUAUAAUAAAAUGUGUGUCAUGUGAUAGCUUCUCAGCCAAUGGGAUGCUCUUUAACAAAUACCCUUUUUUAUUUGUACAUUGUUCAAUUUACGUUUUUAUCAUUCUGGUAUUCUGUAUUUGAAAUAUGAGCUUAAAUAUGUCGCACUGAAAUUUCAUUGUAUUCAAGGUUGGUUAAAGCUUUCUGUAAAUAUAUCAGUCAAUGCCCAGUGCAUAUAGUUAUCUGCAGUGACUUUUAAUUAAGUUAGAGCUUACGUAUAGAAUGUUCCAAAUUUGCUCUUCAUGCUUUUCCUUUUUUUAAUGUUUCAUGUUAGCCUAUUUAGCAUGAUUUCUAAAGACGUACAUUUUGUUAAUAAUUGCUCUCCACAUGAAGAAUAUUAAGGUGAAGAGAAAUGUUCUAUUUUAAUUGUGUUGCUAAGAAAUUGUUGAGUUAUUAUUCUUGAACUACGAGUUCUUAAAUUUGUAGAAAGAUAUUGCUUUUAUUAGUAAGCAAGCUCGAGAGAGAAUUUGUUUUUAUAGCUAUUUAAGGUCAAAUGGACAUACAUGUAUCAGGCAUGCACAUAUUACUAGAAAUUAGAAGAACAUGAUAAUAGAUCUUUUUCAUUAGUAAUCAAGUUUGAGCGAUUUAAAGAAUGGAGUUCAGUCCAUUUCAUUUGAGAUUUUAUAUGGCAUCUGUGUAUUACAAGAAGAAAAAAAAAGACUUAGAGAAGGUAGUUUUGUCUUUACUGAAAUAAAUAAUCUUCAUGAAGCUUUCAAAAUCUUUCUUCACUGAAAUUUUGUAAAUAACUGUAUAGGAGAUAUCAACAUUGCAUUGCUGUUUUCAUUAUAACUUUGGCUGUAGAGUGAUUGGUUUGUUAAAAAAUAUCAGAGCAUUAAUUGCAUUUAAGAUAAAUGCAUGUAGAUAUAUGCAUUUUUCUGAGUCAUCACAUUCCUGAUGUAUUGUAAGUUUUGAGGAUCUGUAUUCCCUGUGAAUAUUCAUGACUACCGAACCAUGAUAUCAAUCAUUGGAUCAAUAACAAAAGUAGAAUUGCUUUUUAAUAACAUUCUGUUCUCAUUGGUCAAACCUAUGGAAUAAUUAUGGAAUAGAAAAAAAAUCAGUCAAUGCUUUCCAAUAGUAUUUUUUUUAAAUGACGAAUGCUGCAAAUGAUGAAUUGUGAUUUGUAUUCAAGAAAUAUGUAUUCCAGACUUAUUCCAAACAGUGCCUUUCUUAUUUUGCUUUGUGUGAAAUAUAUUCUGCCAACUUUUGAAACAUGA